CCUUCUUCUAUCUCUUCAAACCUGUUUACGAUUUUCGCGAACUCGCUACCUCGCGCGUGCGACUCAGUCUCCUGUUGCAUGCUUUCCCCAAUUCAUGUUCUGUUCACUCGGUGAUUCUCUUGCUCUCUUCAGUGGUGCUAAGUGAUGGGUAGACGAAAAAGUAAACCACAUCGAUCAGGUGGGAUAAUAUUAGAAACAAAUGCUACUGCUGAAACAGAUUUGGAUAAACAGAAUGUUGUAGAAGCAGGGGAAGAAAAGAAGAAUGAUUCUGGUGACAUUGAUAAACCUUAUUUUGUUGACGUUGACCGGUCUGGUUGGUUGUCCAGUGAACACCUUGAUAUUUCUGAAGUAGUUUUAAGGGAUUUAAAUUUGAGAGAAGGUUUUUCUGGUUUUGAACUGUCUGAGGAUUUUUAUCAGGAUCCUCACUAUUCAUUAAGAUUUCGGGUGUGUAAUGCCAAUAAUGUUCUUGGUCGAAUAGGCCAUUGGCCUGUUUUACCAUAUACUGAUAUUCAUCUAGAGUUUGUCAAAAGAGUUACAGUUGAGCAUAUGGAAACUUGUACAGUGUUGUUAUCUGGUAUUUUUGAUGGACCUGAUGAAGGUGUUUCUGGUCUUAUUCACUUGGUAAGUUUGAAAUUUGUUACAGUAAGGGCAAUUUGUGGGAUUAGGCUUUCUGAGGACAUUCCCUCCCUCAGAGUAAGGGUAGAGGUACUAAAGAGUGCUUUUGAUGCAUGCGAGUCACUUCUUGAUGGUUCUAGACAACUAUGGAAAAAGAGUAUGAUGAAUAUCAUGUCUUGGCUACGUCCAGAAACAAUGACUUCAGAAGUUAGGUAUGGGUUUGGUAGCUGUAUGAAAAUGGAAGUUGAUCCACAGACAGAGAAGGGAGAUGACAUUUGCUACACCAGGAAAUAUGCAAGGUUUGAUCCUUCAGGUUUUUAUGAAGCCAUUAAGCCUUCAAAAGCAGCGCCAAUGCUUGAUGAUGACAUACCUGAGUUACUUCCUGAACUGAGGCCAUAUCAAAGGCGUGCAGCUUUCUGGAUGGUAGAACGGGAGAAAGCAAUGGAAGAAAGUCAGAGUGAAAGAGAAAGAAAUCAGUUUCUUUCUCCAUUAAGUGUGCCUGUGGAUUUUCUUGACACAAGUUCUAAAAUGUUUUUCAAUCCAUUCAAUGGAAAUAUUUCGUUGUGCCCAGAGACUUCUUCGCCUUGUGUAUUUGGAGGCAUUCUUGCUGAUGAGAUGGGCUUGGGAAAAACUGUUGAAUUGCUUGCUUGUAUCUUUGCUCACCGGAGAUCAGCAUCUGGAAGUGAGAUAAUGAUUGAUUCAGUGCCUCAAGUUAACGGGGACCAAAACCUAACUUUAAAAAGACUCAAAAGAGAGCGUGUGGAGUGCAUAUGUGGAGCUGUGAGUGAAAGUCUCAAAUAUCAAGGUCUAUGGGUUCAGUGUGACAUUUGUGAUGCUUGGCAACAUGCUGAUUGUGUUGGUUAUUCACCUAAAGGUAAAUCACUGAAAUCAAAACAAGGAUGUGAAAACAAGACAUGUAAAACCACCAUAUCUGUGAGGGAUGGGGAAUAUGCAUGUCAGAUGUGCUCUGAACUAAUACAAGCUACUGAAUCUCCGGUUGCCUCUGGUGCCACUCUCAUUGUUUGUCCAGCUCCUAUUUUGCCCCAGUGGCAUGAUGAAAUUACACGUCAUACACUUCCAGGCUCCUUGAAAACUUGUGUUUAUGAAGGCGUGCGAGACACAUCUUUAUCCAAUACAUCUGUGAUGGAUAUCAGCGAUCUUGCCAGUGCUGACAUUGUAAUAACUACGUAUGAUGUGCUUAAAGAGGAUUUGUCCCAUGAUUCUUAUAGACAUGAAGGUGAUCGUCACUUUCUGAGAUUUCAGAAAAGGUACCCAGUUAUCCCAACUCUUCUUACCAGAAUAUACUGGUGGAGGGUUUGUUUGGAUGAGGCUCAAAUGGUGGAGAGUAAUACUACUGCUGCCACUGAAAUGGCUCUGAGACUCCAUUCGAAGCAUCAUUGGUGCAUUACAGGGACCCCAAUUCAGCGAAAGCUUGAUGACCUCUAUGGACUUUUAAGAUUUCUUAAAGCUAGUCCUUUCAAUGAAAACAGGUGGUGGACUGAAGUUAUUCGAGAUCCUUAUGAGAAGGGAGAUAUAAGAGCUAUGGAAUUUACACACAGAUUUUUCAAACAAAUCAUGUGGCGUUCUUCUAAAGAACAUGUUGCAGAUGAAUUGGACCUUCCCUCCCAAGUGGAAUGCCUCUCUUGGCUUACACUCUCAUCAGUAGAAGAGCACUUUUACCAGAGGCAACAUGAAACUUGUGUUAGAGAUUCCCAUGAAGUUAUUGAAAAUCUGAGAAAUGAUAUUCUGAAUAGAAGUAUCCCAGGUUCUGUAUCAUUGAAUGGUUCCUCUGAUCCAUUAAUCACUCACACAGAGGCAGGGAAGCUACUGAAUGCUUUGCUGAAGCUUCGUCAGGCUUGUUGUCACCCCCAGGUUGGAAGUUCUGGGUUACGGUCCCUGCAGCAGUCGCCUAUGACCAUGGAGGAAAUACUAAUGGUUCUUAUAAGUAAAACCAAGAUAGAAGGUGAGGAAGCUCUUAGGAGGUUAGUUGUUGCUCUGAAUGGGCUUGCAGCAAUAGCUACAAUACAAAAGGAUUUUUCUCAAGCUGCAUUGCUCUACAAUGAAGCUCUUACUUUGGCUGAAGAGCAUUCUGAAGAUUUCCGCCUGGAUCCUUUGUUAAAUAUCCACAUUCAUCAUAAUCUUGCUGAAAUACUCCCACUGGUUGCAAACUUUGCUUUAAUGUUGCUCUCCAAAGGAAAGCAGUUCUCUGGAACUUCUGCAGUUAAGAUGACAAGAAAGCAUUUUAUUGAAAAGGUUGAUCAUUGUCAGGUGAAGAGGCAAAAAAUAAAUGGAUGUGAUAACAUGAAUUUAACAGCGGCUUCUGUAGAACCAUCAAAUGUUGCAUCUAGCCCAUCAGAAAAUAGCUUAAAUGAGGAUUGGGAAUUUGAUAGUGUAUCAGCCAGUUCUGUCAAAUCUCUGAUAGCAGAAUGUGAAGAUUUAAAACAGAAAUACUUAUCCGUAUUCAGUUCAAAGCUAUCUGCAGCUCAGCAGGAGUUUCAAAAUUCUUACAUCCAGGUUUGUAAUGCAUAUCGUGACAGCAAAACAGAUCAAAAUACAUUUUGGUGGUUAGAAGCGUUUGAUCAUGCUGAGCAGAACAAGGAUUUCUCGACUGAGUUGCUUAGAAAGAUUGAAGAAGCCAUCUCAGGAACUUCAAACAAUUCAAAGUCAUCAAGAAUAGCUUCUCGUUUCCGGAGCAUAAGCUCUCUGAAGUAUCAAAUUCAGACAGGUUUGGAUCAGCUAGAGGCCUCUAGGAAAGUGCUAUUAGAUCGACUGUUAGAAAUUGAUCAGACAAUGGAAAAACCAAAAGAAGAAGAUAUUGAACGCGUGGGUAAAUGCCAAAAUUGUCAACCUAAUUGUGAUGGUCCCCCAUGUGUUCUGUGUGAACUAGAUGAAUUGUUUCAGGAAUAUGAAGCAAGACUCUUUGUUCUUAAGAAUGAACGUGGAGGGAUAAUUUCAUCGGCUGAGGCAGUAGAUUUUCAGAAGAAAAAUUUUGCAUUGAAUCAUUUCCUCUCAAAGCUAUCACAAUCUAAUCAUAGUUCAACCGGAUCUGAUAUUGGUUAUGAAGAAUCAAAAAAAAGGAAUGUUGGACAAAGAGUUGUGGUUUCAAGAUCAGCAUCUGAGUUGGAGCUUAUUCUUGGAGUUAUAAAAAGCUAUUGCAAGGUUCGGUUGGGAAGAGACAGGGUUUCAGCUGCCACCAAGCAUUUACAUAUUUUUGAGGGAAUGCGAAAGGAGUUUGGCCAUGCAAGGUCUUUGGCAUUAGCUCAAGCUCAAUAUCUGCGUUCCCAUGAUGAAAUAAUGAUGGCGAUUUCCCGUUUGCACCUAAGGGCAAAUGAAAAUGAUCAAUCUCUUGAUGCUCUAGGUGAAAAUGAAUUAUAUGCGGCUAGCUCAAGCUUUUCCCACGAUAAGUUUAUGUCAUUGACCUUGUUGUCACAGAUAAAAGGAAAACUCCGCUACUUAAAGGGUUUGGUUCAAUCUAAGCAAAAACUGCCAUUGGAAAGUCCAGAUAGUUCUUCUUUCUCUCAAGAGACAACUACAAUGUCAAACUCUACUGAAGAGAAGGGUGCACUCAUAUCCAAAGCUGAUGAUCAAACAUGCCCAGUUUGCCAAGAAAAGCUAGGCAAUCAGAAAAUGGUAUUUCAAUGUGGGCAUGUUACAUGCUGUAAAUGUUUAUUUGCUAUGACUGAGAAAAGACUUCAGCAUAGCAAGAUUCAUAAUUGGGUUAUGUGCCCUACAUGUCGACAGCAUACCGAUUUUGGAAACAUUGCCUAUGCUGUUGAUGUACAGAAUGAAUCUUCCAAUUCUUCAAUGCUGCAUACAAUUGACAGCUGUGAAAAAUGUGAAGCAUCCAUGAGUGUUAAAGGCUCAUAUGGAACUAAGAUUGAGGCAAUCACAAGAAGAAUCUUGUGGGUAAAGGCUACCGAUCAUAAAGCAAAAGUUCUUGUAUUUUCAAGUUGGAAUGAUGUACUUGAUGUAUUGGAACAUGCAUUUGCUGCCAAUAACAUCACCUAUAUUCGGAUGAAGGGAGGCAGGAAAGCACAUGUUGCCAUCAGUCAAUUUAGAGAAAAAGGAUGUGAGGGGUCAACACCAAAAUCUAUUCAGGUGUUAUUGCUUUUAAUCCAACAUGGAGCCAAUGGCCUUAAUCUUUUGGAAGCACAGCAUGUGGUCCUUGUAGAGCCAUUACUCAAUCCAGCUGCUGAAGCACAAGCAAUCAGUCGUGUACAUCGUAUUGGACAAAAAAAUAAGACCCUCAUUCAUCGUUUCAUUGUAAAAGACUCAGUUGAAGAGAGCAUAUAUAAAUUGAACAGAAGCAGGAGCAGUCAUUCAUUCAUUAGUGGCAACACAAAAAAUCAAGACCAACCUGUUUUAACCCUGAAGGAUGUCGAAUCCUUACUGGCAAGAGCACCUCUAACGAUGCCAGAAAGUGAUGAAAAUCCUAAUCCUAAUUCAAAUACAAAUCUAAGUCACUUGCCACCAUCAAUGGCCGCGGCUAUUGCUGCUGAGAGGAGACUUAAUGAGCAGAGGACAUGAUCUUGCUUUUCUCUUCAUUCCAAAGGUGCUACUAAACAAAAGUGCAAUAAAUUCUAGAGGCAAGAGGAGUUGCAGUGUAAUAAAUUUCAACCGUAGAUUCUUCUAACCAAAAUUAUAUCUUCUAUAUCUAGAAAUUUAUUUAUUCUUGUACAUAUUAUUGAGACACAUGACUCUUUCCUUUUCAAUUUUGAGCUAAGAUCUGUGUAAUAUAUAU